UCUACUAUUGCGCUGCAUUUGAUGAUCUCGUCUCAGCGGAAGGUUCAGUUCACGAUCAACUUCUCAUCAUGAAGGAACAGUGGAAAGUUGACGACAAACAACAACUCGCAGCUUUAGAGGAAGGCAGAUUACAAGAGAAAAAGCAAGAACAAGCAAAAAAUUCAGAUUAUGAAAAUGGCUGUUGUAGUCAAGAGUGCUUGCAGAUAAUAUUAUUCUUGGGAUGCUUAUUGUUCUGUGGAUGGUGUUUUUACGUAACAUACCAGAACUUCCGUUCUGAAAAAAUAGAAAAUCAAAUUUCAAACACCAUUCGUGAGACAUAUCACGAGUUGAUGUAUGAACCUCAACCUGAAACGCAGAAGUCGCAACCAAAUACAGAAUCAUCCGUGAUAUUUGUUGAACCUGAGAUCUUUAUAAAUAAACUGAAUGUUCUUCUGGAAGAGACGGACUUGCUCAAAGAGCAAGAUACGAAGCAAGACGAGGCAACUGCAACAGAUGGACGCAACACGAACGCACCCAGUUUUAUAAAUGAAAGUGACAACGUGGUACAAACAAGUGAUCUCGGCUUAUCAAUGACAGCAUUGCCGGAAAAUUUACAUAAAGAUAGUACAUAUGACGACACAGAAACAUUCUUUCACAAACAGCUUCUGGGAAAGCUGCAUAAUGGUUUAUACGUGACACCCGAAAUAAUCAAUGAUGCAAAAGAGCCCGAAAACAGGAAUGUCUUUACCGAAGAUAAUAUUCUUCAUUUAACAUUAAACAGUCACGAAAGUGACGCAUCAAGUGUAGACGUAUCAAACAAUCUUGAAAGCUCAAGAUCUGAUGUUACGACGAUUUCAAAUUUGAAUGAUCUCCCGGAUCAUACAGUUACUCCAAACCUAAUGAAUAACUCGCAAGAUCGAAAACAGAAAGUUUUUGAUUUUAUUGAAACUACGGCACAAGAUGAUCAAAGUGACAUUAAUUUUUAUAAUCCGUAUCUCUUGUUCGAUCCUGAGUCAUUGGAAUAUUUAACUGACGACUCUUCGAUUUCUCGAUCCGUAUCAACACAAGAAACAUCAAAACAUAUUGAAAAUAAGCCAAAUUACGAUAUUGAUGCCGCAAAUAAAGAUAGACACGACAUUGAUGAUAGCGAUUUAUCGAUGUCGGAAAAUGCUUCAUCAGCAGAUGAACACAUAGGGAAUAUUAAAGAUUGGUUUGAAUUUUGGCUCCCCCCACCAACAAUGCAAGAUAGUAUAAGGUAUCCAUGGAUGAAGUCAGAUUCAGUCGAAGACUCAUCGGUUUUUAAACUAUCAGGCUACAUUGCAGAUAAUCCACAACUCAAAUCAAAGGAUACAACAAGAUCGAGCGAAACAUCAAAUCCGUUUUCGAGCGGAAGCCAGGAUACGGAAAUGAUUGAAGAUGUCAUUCCAGGAAAUCGCUGUAAAGUUGAAAUCACUUCCGGAAUUCUCAAGGUGAAGUGUCCCGCUAUUAAAUUCAGCGAAGAAUGGGAUCUUAGUUCUUCUGAAAGUAGUACCAGAGUACCAUCGGACGUUUCACACGAUAAUGAUAAUUAUCGUUUAUAUUUUGAAAAUAUUGACGAUUACUAUACCGAAUGCGACGAGGAUACGGCUAGUCAAUCGAAAGAUGAAUUAAUUUCUACUGAAAAUUCUGAUAUUAAAAAGAGUGCAACAUCGCAGUAUGAUGAUGCAAGAACUAUGGUUGCAUUAGAAAAAAGCACUCCAAGCGUAAAAAUCUCAAACGGCGCGUUACUAGAAACGGUAGAAACAGAUUCUUCUGCUAAUACGAAAGACAGUAGUCAAGAUGAUGCAAUUUACAAUACGAAUGAGAAAGAGCUAACAACAGUACCUGCGUUUGUUUCCAACUAUGAUUUUGAUACCACUAAGCUUAAUAAACAAUGGAAUCAAUUAAAAAUUGCUGAACUACAGAAAAGUCUUGAAGAGCAAGAUUAUCUUUCAGGCUUUAUAGAUACCUUCAAAGUAAAUAAUUUAGGUUUCAAGAAGGCUAAACCUUUGGAAGCUCAUAAAAGCGGGAUAGAAAAGAAAUUAGGUGCGAUAUAUGAUGAUGAAAUGAAUACUUUGAAAAGGAUGCAUAUGGAAAUGAUGGACAAAUAUGGAAGCACGGAAGAAAAUGUGGACAUGUGCAAAAGUUUUCCUUACAUGUGUCGAUCCUUAGUUUCGGAUACACCUAUCGCUUCAAGAGAAAGCAUAAUAUAUCCGCAUGAUUCAUUGCCUACUUUUAGAAAGAAACGAAUGACUGAUAAUUUGACAUGGCAACAAGAAGUCUCAAACGCGUUAAAAGAAGAUAGUGAAACCGCGGAUUUAUUAAAAAAUUUGGAAAGAGUUUACCAAAAACUGGAGAUUCUUGCUAUCUGCAUUGACAAAUUUCAUGAACGGUAUCUUCUUCAUAAUAAAUUGGAUGACGAUUAUAUUUGAAAAGAAUUUUUGAUGGAUAUUAAAGAACGCAAAGCAUCGCAUACACGUAAAUAAAAGGUAACGAAAGAAAGUACAAACAUCUUUCGCGUUUGUUGCUAUUUUAUUUGAUACUUUAUAUAAAUGAUUCGUAAAAAUAUGAAAAUUAUUUAUGCUUAUUGUAUUAUUAUAAAAACACUAUCAUGAUUAGAACGAAUGCAGUGUAUAUGUUUUCAUAAAGUAUGGUUGUUUCUACCUAUAUAAUUUUAUUGUACUUAAUACGUAAUGUGCUCACAAAAUUUGUCCGUAAAAACUGUAUUCAACAAAAGCAUGCUACGAAAACAUUAGUGCGUUGCUCAUAUGCCUGCGCAUAGACCUUGAACUUAUUCAUGCUAAUUUGUUACCAUUUAUACGUAACUGCGUUAAUCCGAUAACAUUUCUAUGCGUUGGUUGAAUGGUACAAUUGGUCGUUCAGUGAUUAUAAAAUUGGUGAUUACAAAAUAGGUCAAGCUUACGGAUCUUUAAAAUUGUUCUUAAUCGCGUUAUAAAAGAAGACGAAUUUUAUACUAUUAUAAUAUUUGUACCUUAAAAUAAAUUUUGGUUUAAUAUUGUAUCCAA